CUAAUUCAAACUAGUAGUAGUUUUUCCCUUGGUUAGGACGGUGCUAACUAUUGUACAAUUAGCACCGUAACCGCUCUCGAUCAUGUUCGGUAAAAAGUUAAAACAUGCCUAAUUUAUCCUUUCACAGUGCCACAAACGCAAGAUACAUACACUUUUAAUUACAAUUGAACUUCUUUCUUGAGUCUUAAUAAAUGAAAUUUCCAUGAUUAAUGAUUCUUAAACAAUAUAUUACGUACACGAAUGAUUCUCUAAAACGGCGGACAAAAGCAUAUUAUUAGGCCAAAUAAUGAUGAUGAAGGGUUUAAAGGCAGAGCUUCGUUUUUACAAUUGAAUGAAUAUGGAUCUCUCAGUACAAAGUCGUUGAUGAAUAACCAAAAAAAAAAGUCGUUGAUGAAUAAUGUCAAAUUAAUGAUUUCAAACACCCACUAAAAUAAAUAAAUAACUAUUGAUUAAAAAGAACACCCACUAAAACUAGAUGGGUAACAGUUAGAUUAUUUAUUAGGUCACAAAAAAGGAUGUCCUAGGAUGCUCUCAUUCAAGUCCUAAAUAAUGGAGGAUUCUGUAGAUGAUGAAGAAUAAGGGCAGAUGGUGAUUGGUGACAUGAAAAUGGCCAAAGGAAAGGAAAGCUAUUAUUGGCAGCAAGCAAUCAACCCAACUAUGGGCAAGCUAUUAUUUGUCAUUUUUUCCUUCUUUAUGAUGAGCUAGGAUAUUUGGUAUUUGUGCCUUGAUCAUUAUGAUGACGGUGGGUCGAACGAACAAAAAACAAGACACAGUCGUAUGAAAUUAUACUUUGAUGAUCAAGUCGGAUGUAAGAAAGUUAAGACGUAGAGAAGAGAGUUUGUAUGAGAGAUCAUGUGUUAUCCUUUCUAAAUGCAAGCUUAUUUUCAUAGGAAGAGCAAGUGGUCCUGCAGUCAAGUGAUUCUUCUGGUAGAAGAUCAUUGGCUAUAUCAGCGUGAUGCCUUAAUGCUCUCGAUUCUGACGGUUACUUUCCCAAUACACUUAGUUAUGAUCAUAUUAUUUUGGUGUCGUUUUAAACUUGCAACAUAUUUUGUUGAACUUUCCGUUGACCAUAUUGGAUCUUUCUCAAACCUGAGGGGAAACAACCGUUAAAAAAAAAAACCUGAGGGGAAACAAACACGAACAACACUCAAACUCAAGCAUCUUGAACUCGCAACGUUGUUAUAGACUAAUAGGCUAUAGUCCAUUUGGUAGUUUUGAUCAUACACAUGCUAUAGUUGAUCAAUGUAGAUACUGUGCUAGCUAUAUAAUAGGGCUCACCAAAGUAAUAAAAAGCACGAAAAACCUUAAAGAAUGCCGAAAGGACAUAUUCCAUGAAUAUAAAGGAGCGAAAAUUCAUAUUCUGAUAUAUCCAAAGAAGAGCUUUUUCCUGAAGAUUGAAAUAAAAGCACCAAAGCCAAUCAAGCCAAGAAGGAAAAAAGAAAGAAAAAAAAAAGCAAUUUUAAUUAUAAGAAACAAUUAAAAGAGAGAUAUUCUGUAAAUGGUGGGUUUGCUCUCAAGUACUUAGGCCUAAUCAUUGUUGUAAAGACAAAUUUGAUUGCUUACGAUGGGGUAUGCCUAAUUGCCUGUGGGGAGCUUAAUACCAAACUUUUGUAUAGUGUCAUGCUGAUGUGAAUAUUGUCAAUUAACAACCACAUUACCUAAUCCAAAUUUCAGUAUUAUAGAUCCGCUCUAUUUUUAUUUUUCAGUCUCUCUUAUUAUUCUUUCGUGGUUGUAGUAUCGGUUCUAUAUAUCUUUUUUAAUGUUAUAUAUUUGAGAGAAAAAAUAUUAUGAGACAGAUAUUGAUACUCGGGUUUGAGAAAGAUCCAUGAUGUGUUAGGGACGAUUCAUAGUAGAUUUACAUUCGUUUCUGUAAGGAGAGGCAAAAAAUGUAUAUUUUUAUGCUCAAAAUUACAUAGAGAUGAUGAGUAAUCAUAAUUAGAAAUUCAUCUUUAAAAAUGGAAAUUAUAAAGGGAAAAAAACAUAUGUGUGACAUGCUUGGUAAGAAUAUUCAUUUGUCAACAUAAUCUUGUAUCAUUGAACUUGUUUAGUGUUUACAUCAUCUAAGAAACAAUCAUAACUUCUCAGUAAAUGAAUUUUAAUCUUCACAUAUUAUCUCUCAAUAUUUUUAAGAAAAUAAAAAAUAUAUAUGUAAGUUUCCUUCAUACAGGAUUGCCAUCACUACAAAAUUUAAUCGAAAUCGUAUGAAAUAAGGCCGAUAAUAUGAAUCUAGUGCUUAACUCAAAAUUGAACAAGAUACUUUGCUUCCCCUCAUCCCCACUUUCCUAAUAAUGUACUUGUAUAAUCAGUCAAUUCGUUAAACCUUCAUGUUCUAAGAGGCAUCAUAUUCAAAGAUAAUCCUACGUAAAAUAUGCACUGCAACUGGAAGUGAGAACAUAUUACCUAGCUAGGGUUUCCUGAACCAUUCAAACUAAUUUCGAACUUUGCAGAAAAAUAUGAUUGUUAGUCAAACAAGAUAAGAGAAGAAAAGAGAGACAGGGAGCAUAUUAGGGAAAAGUUGCGAUAAAGAGAACUGAAAAGAAAGUGAUUAAGGGGGAGAAAAUUUUAGGAAGAAGACGGGACUGGUGGCUAAAGCAAAUGGCCCCCUCAAUCCCACUAACUAAAACCCAAUUCUUAUCAUUGGAAAAACAAUGCUCGUGAUAAGCAAAUAGCCGUUUUAGACAAAAGAAAACAAAAGUUUAGGAGCCUGCUGCUGUCAACUUUUGACUGGCUGGUGCUAAGUGCUAACCUAGAUGUCUUGUUUAAGAAUCGUUUUGAACUAUAAGAGAAAAAAGGGGAAGAAUAGUAGUUCGUUGAUCAUGGUCACAAAAUCAUAUGAUGUCUUUUGCUUUCUUUUUGGAAUUGUGCACUUGUAUAGUACAUAUCUAGUUAGGGUGUUUAUGGUCCCAAAAUCCUCUGCAAUGUUGGAGUAUACAAUAAAUAUAAUGACAGGUGUUGUAUUCAAACCAGCGACUACGAUCUAAAAAUGGGUUGAUUGACUACUUCCUGCAUCCCACAUGCCACACGGCCACACCAAAAACGAGAUCAUCUUCGUAUGCAAGAGCACAAGAGGCAUAGAACUAGUAAAAUCAAGUUGAAGUAGUACAAGUGGAAGAUCGUAACAUUCAUUUUUGAUGUGCAACUUGGAUUUCAGUUGAGUAGAAGGAACUUACACCCAUCUCCAUGGACUAAGACGUUGCUUUUGGCUUCAAAUGACAAUUUGUGAACCUUAACUCACAUAACAUAAUAUUCAUCCAUCGAGAACAUAUUACCAACGUGAUUCAUGACAUGUUUAACUCCAACAUACAAGUAUUUCAAAGAGAGACCCAAUUCUUAACUCAUAAUGGCAAAGCGGCAAACAUACAACUGCAUUUUACUGACUUGUUGGGUCGAUUAUGAUGUUUUCUCUUUUAAAAUAAUAAUAAUUUUAUUUAUAAAUUCUGCCAAUAUACUAGAUAUUAGAAAAUAGGAGGUAACUAAUUGAAAGUGGUACAUAUAAAAUUUAAAAAAAAACAGAAGGUAACUAAUUCAUUAACAAUAUGGAAAUUUUCAUACUAUAUUUUGUGAGGAGAAUUUGUCAAGGUGAUUAAUAAAAAAACACAAUUUCCAUAAUUAAUCAAAUUAAAGCAGCAUAAAGCAAAGAGAGACACACGGCUAAUGAACUGCGGAAGAAAGCUUAAAGACUCUCUCUCUCUCACUCUGUGCGUGUCUCUCUCUCCUCUGUCUCUGCAUCAAAGCUUGAACAGGAGGAGGAAGAGGAAGAAAUUCGCAGUAUAUAUAGCCAGAGAAGAGAAACCCAAAAGGAAAAGGCAAAGCAAAUUCACUAGAUUCUUGUUUUCAUCAAACGCUAAUCCAAUUCAGCCUCUCACUGCCUCACUCCCACAACCCACCAAAAAGAGGAAGCCACUGAGUGAAGCGAGUUUCUCUGUGCCAAAGCUGCAGAGCUCGUUUCCUGAAGAAAAGAAAACAGAGCACCCAUCAACCUCUGCUUUUCCUUCCAAUCCCUCUUCUUCCUCUUUCCCCAGGCGCUUCUUUAUUCUUUUCAGAGAUCGUUCUUAGUACCACUCAAAAUUUUCCUUACCAGGAAGAAAAAAAUGUGGAAAUAGAAGAGUCUCCCCUGUUUUUGGGGUUUUAAGCCGGAGCAAAUAUUUGGGGUUGGUGAGUGAACGAUUAAAUGCCAUUAGUGGCGAUCUCAACACUCUGAAAGAUUCUCUCUUUUCUCCCCUUUCGAUAUUUUUUUCCCAGGAAACAAACGACUGUAACCGUCGAGAGAGGGAGAAGGUGGAAGAGAAUAUUUGUUCUUUUGCGCUGGUUUUGAUUUCCAGUCAAAGAGGGAGCAGAAGAAGAGAGAAAUGAGACAGAGCAUGGACAGAAACGGCCGCUAAAAACUUGAAGAACGGUGGGGAAAGCUGAUUUUCUGGAGAGUCUCACAUUUGUCAAACAGUGGAAUCCAACAACAGCAAAGAAAACAGAGUGCUCUGCCAUUACUGAAUAUAAAUUCCGUCCCCAACGCUUCACCAACUCCCCGUAUCUCAGAUCUCCAGAAGAAGGGUAGAAUAGAGAUUUAGAAAAAUGCUGUCACAGAAGCAAGCCGAAGAAGCCAUAGUCUCGAGCUUCGACGAAACGGUCCCUGUUUCUGCUGCCGCCGGUGACCAUCUGGAUGGGAAAGAAGCAGAGCAAGAUGACGGCGGCGAUCCUCGUCAUCAAUCCGAGUUUAGCCUCACCAGCAUUUUCUGGCACGGCGGUUCUGUUUAUGAUGCCUGGUUCAGCUGUGCCUCUAACCAGGUGGCGCAAGUGCUGUUGACUCUUCCAUACUCCUUCUCCCAAAUGGGAAUGCUUUCAGGGAUAAUACUGCAGCUCUUCUAUGGAAUCAUGGGCAGCUGGACUGCUUAUCUGAUCAGUGUUCUGUAUGUGGAGUACCGUACCAGAAAAGAGAAGGAGAAUGUCAGCUUCAAGAACCAUGUCAUCCAGUGGUUCGAAGUACUGGAUGGUUUACUGGGUCCGACUUGGAAAGCACUUGGCUUGGCCUUCAACUGCACUUUCCUCCUCUUUGGCUCUGUCAUUCAGCUUAUUGCCUGUGCAAGCAACAUAUACUACAUCAACGACAAGUUUGAUAAGAGGACGUGGACUUACAUAUUUGGAGCCUGCUGUGCCACCACCGUUUUCAUCCCUUCCUUCCACAACUACAGAAUUUGGUCCUUCCUUGGCCUUGGAAUGACCACUUACACCGCCUGGUAUUUAACCAUAGCAGCCCUAAUUCACGGCCAGGAUCCUGGCGUGAUUCACUCUGGACCCAAGAAGCUGGAUCUGUACUUCACAGGCGCCACCAACAUAUUGUACACAUUUGGUGGCCAUGCUGUUACUGUGGAAAUAAUGCACGCGAUGUGGAAGCCGCAGAAGUUCAAGUACAUAUAUCUGCUCGCGACCCUCUACGUGUUCACCUUAACCCUGCCAUCGGCAUCAGCCAUGUACUGGGCGUUCGGAGACCAGCUGCUGACCCAUUCCAACGCCUUCUCCCUCCUCCCUCGAACCGGCUGGCGCGACGCCGCCGUCAUCCUAAUGCUCAUUCAUCAGUUCAUAACGUUUGGGUUUGCCUGCACGCCAUUGUACUUCGUGUGGGAGAAAGUGGUGAGGAUGCACGACACAAAGAGCAUAUUGAAGAGGGCACUCACGAGAUUGCCCGUGGUGGUGCCGAUAUGGUUCUUGGCCAUUGUGUUCCCCUUCUUUGGGCCCAUCAACUCGGCCGUGGGUGCCCUGCUCGUCAGCUUCACUGUCUACAUCAUCCCUGCCAUGGCUCAUAUGCUCACCUAUCGAUCCGCCUCGGCCCGUCUGAAUGCAGCAGAGAAGCCGCCGGUGUUUCUGAGGAGCUGGACGGCGAUGUACAUAGUGAACGCAUUUGUGGUGGUGUGGGUUUUCGUGGUUGGAUUUGGGCUGGGUGGAUGGGCCAGCGUCACCAAUUUCAUCAGGCAAGUUGAUACCUUUGGGCUGUUUGCUAAGUGCUACCAGUGCCCGCCGCCGGUUGCUGCCAAGCAUCAUUAAAGCUGCCGCCGGUGACCAUAGCAUUUGUUAGAAUUGUGUCUUUUCUCUUUUCUUUUUUUUAUUAUUGGAUUUGGAAGCUGUAGUAGGAAGUAUAUCCACCAAUAUUAUUAUAUGUUAUACAGAUAGGGAGGGGCUAUCAGUUUGUUUGACUCCGCUCUUCUCUGUAGAAAAUAUGUUGUUUGUUUUUAUCUUUUUGUCUCUGUCUCAGACAACUUCCUGUUAUAUGCAUAAGAAAAUGUGGUUGGAUGGUGAUGAGGUUUGUGAAUGUGUUCUAUUUCUGGUUGUCAGAAUGAGAGGAAAUGGCAUGAUGUGAUGCAAUCAAGCACAUUGAUAUCGGAUUAUAAAUGUAUCGAAUCAACUAUAUAUGAGUUCUUUUAAGUAAUAAAUAACAUCUUUAUGUGUUUUUUGUUGCACUAAUAUGAAGAAAAUCGACGAACUAAUGGACGGUGAGGGAGAGAAAAUUCAAACAGAUAGUGGGAAGAGUAGACAAGCCAAUUUUUAGUGCAUGUGGAAACACACGAAUCCAAGGUCAUCUUCUUUUGACAAAAAAUGGAUCCCUACACACUACAAUACUAAGAGGAUCCUGAGUGGUUGUGGAUUGAAGAUCUUGUUGUUGGUUAUACCUUUCAUCUGUACACAUUAUUAUCACAUAUAUGCUUCUCACAUGGCUGGCUGGAUGGCUUUAUCUCCUGCUGAUUUAAAGGAUAGGAAAGCAUUAUUUCAAGCUGUGCUAGGUGCUUGUAGCUAUCAAAUUUGGCUUUGCUUUUGCUUUCUUUGGUUUCAUAAUCUCAGUGGCUUUCUGAGAUUCAAUGUUUGUUAAUUGUCUCUGUUGUUUAUAGGAUCUGGAGUUUUGGUCAAUGGAGUGGGGUAUUGAGAUCUAGCAGCUUGGGAAAAAACAACAAAGCAAUCUUUGUGGAAGAAAAAUCGUGUUGUUUGCUGUACUCCAUCGUAUGCUUUGGUGGUUGUUCUGUCGGGGUGGGUUUGGACUUUGGACUUCGGAUAACAACCUAGCAAGAAGGAAAUGGGUUUAGGGCCAUACAUGCUUUGGGCUUGGAAACUGGGCCAAGAGAGUUGGGGGAACCCAUUUGGUAUGGGUUUAGAGUUCCUUAGAAAGGUCCAUAGACUUAUGAUAGUAGAGCACCUAGGGAUGACAAUUUCGACCUGACCCGUUUUACCCGACCUGUUCGGCCUGUUUUGGGGCGGUCCGACCCGCUUUGUAGGCGGGGCGGGGCGGGCAUGGGUACUAUCAUCGACCCGACCUGCCAUAGCCCGCCCCAUUCUCGACCCGUUCUUGCCUAAAUUACAUGUAAUCUUAGUCAAUUUACUUAAGAUUUUUCUUUUAAUACAUCAUAAUUUAGCUAUAAUAAUGUUGUAAAUUAGUGAAAACCUCAAUUUCUCUAAUAAUUUAACUACAUUUAU